AUGUCAACCUCGACAUCGAUCUUGGAUCUGCUCGUGCUGUGGAUUGCAUCAUUCUCACACAACAAAGCACCGUUCUUUUUGGAGGACUCCGGGAGAGCAAAAGGAUACCGUCUGGCCAGCUGGUCCUACAUACAUGGAGGCGAAGCCUCCAGCUUCUGGAAGCCUGAUCGUCUGAGGCUCCCCAGCUCACACGACAUGGCAAACGCCAUCCGCAUAACUAUGACAGGCUGCAAUCACCCGGGAGAAUGGAGGUGUUUGCAGUACUAA